AUGGAACAGCGUGAAACGCAGCUUCGCCGUCGCGAUACUUUGCUUGCCCGCCUGAGCAACCCUUCGAGCAACCCUUCGAGCUCUCUGCCAGCACCGCCCUCGACACUCUCGCCAUCGGCGACGACACAAACUCCCGCAGCUGCAGGCCUCUCUGCCUCUGAGCCCACCCUCCGAUUUCCCAGGCCGCAGGGCAACACGCAGCUUGCAAAUUGGAUAUCGAGCAGCAACCCCAACAUGAUGGAUCUCGCUGCACCGGCCGACGACAAUAGCAUGUCCGAAUCAACCUACGAGAUCGUCUCGGGCCCGAGCACCGACACGGAAGAGUCCCAGGACGGCCACUAUUCCGGGUCCAUCAGCGAGUCCGUCGGCUCGCUCGACAUUCCUCGCCCAGACGAUGUCCAUAGCCUGGCGGAAUCAGACGAUUCAUACGAGACCGAGUCUGCCGUGGAUGACGCCGACAUGGCCGGCGCAUCGUCCGACCGCGACGAGACUGAGGACGAGGAAGACGAUGAAGACUCGGUUCACGAGGACAUUGUGCUGGCCGAGUCUCAAAUAACACACGACGACUCCAACAAGACCGAGCCCUUCCCCAUGUUUGAUGAAGUAUAUUCUCAAUCAUCGCUCGAAUACACGCAGCAGAGUCUGGGAACUCCAUCGUUUCCCACUCCCGAGGCCAGCCGAGUCAUCGAGAGACCUGCCGAUUUUGAGAAAAAAUCCUUCAAGAAGAAGAUGUCUGAGCUUUGGCAAUUCGAAUCUCAGAUCAAGGAAUUUUUUGUCGAGACAACAUGGGAGGCUCAGUCAGACGACUGGAUAUUCGGCGCCAAGACGCCGGUUGUGUCAUUCACUGCCGAAGCACACAAUGAUAUUUUGAUUCACAUUCCCAACAGCAUCAAGAAGACAUGGUUGGCCAAGGAGUGCGUGACUGUGACUGCCAAGAGAGGAGACGGCCCUGUUGAUACCACCAUGUCUCUGGUGGAUGAGGGUCUCCGCCUAAAGUUUGCCAAGAGGGAAGCCCACGGCGUCGUCAGCGUCAUUCUCGAAGCUAAAUGCCGCCCCAAGAUUCACAAAGUUGUUAAGGUCCACUUUGGCAAGGGCUUGAUGGAGGGCGCUCUGGAGCGAACAAAGCAUCUUGCCCUCCUCGCCCAGGAUCUCUCCGGCCUCGUACCAGCUGCUGCUCAGGAAGCAGAGCGGCGUAUUGAGAAUGCCAAGCAGUCACUGGGCUCGGCAUGCCAAAACGUUUGCCAAACAGUCACCGAGACGGUCUCAAAGACAUUUGGCGCCAGCUUUGCCAACUUUGUAGAUGUGCGGCAGCAGCUGGACAAUCUCGUGUCAACGGCCAAGAUUCAGUUUGAUGAAGCCGCUCAAGGCAUCACCAGCAAGAUUGACGAGAUUACGCAGCAAGCUACGGAGAAUCUACCUUCGGUGGAAGAUGUGCAGAACCACCUUCAGCUGCAGCUCCUUGACGCCCAAUUGUCGGCCAAACUUUGGUGGCUGCAGGCCUUUGGCAGUGAGGAGGAGCACGAUGAGUACUUGCGCAAGGCCAAGUCGUACGCAGCCGACAAACACGCAGCAGCCGCCAAACAUGCCGCCGCGGCCAAACAAGCAGCAGCAGCCAGACAUGCAGCAGCCAUCAAGCGCGCAGCAGCAGCUAGACAUGCAGCCGCCGCCAAGAUCGCAGCCGCCGCGAAGAAGUCGAAGCAGGCCAAAAGGGUUGUCCACGAGAAGCUGGCGGAUCCGGCCUCACGACUGUGGUCCAAGCUGAGGGGCAGGUCAGCAUGCCGAGAGAAUUCGCACGAGCAGUGCAAAGGCUCACCAUGA